AUGUGUGAGUACGUCUGUACAUGUGAAUGUGUGGAUGUGGUCCAGUAUGUGGAAAAGCCCAUCCAUGCCGCAUCCACCAUCAGCCAAGCAUUGCGCCACAGCUUGCAUGCCUUUGCCGCUACCGCAAUCGGACAAGUCGCAGCGAAAAAUCCAAACCCCCAUGGCCACCUGGGCGAUGCACCUCGCCGGUAUCAGUUAGAGAGGGACAGAGGAGGCGUCUCUCGUGCUAGUGGGCUGACGCCCAACCUCCUUCCAUCCCACACACUCUGCUCUCUCUUUACGGUAUCUGCAUGGCAUCGGAGGCUGACCAGUCCGUCGCUGGACGCGAGGGUAUUUCUCGGCCCGGGCGAGCACGGCCAUGAAAAUCUGCGGCUAGACGUGCAUUGCCGCAACGGUGGAUAUCGCAGAGCCUCAUCCACGGACCCGCAGCCAGCCUGCCGCGCAUCUCGCAAUCACGUCUCAGGAGAGUUUCCCGGCCGGAUAGCAAUUGUCAUGAUUUACGCACCUGCCUGCAUCGGGGUGGAGAUAACAAAACUUGAUUUUGAUCCCGCGUCAGGAUACACAUGUCGUGUGCACCCUGCUCCUGCUCCUGCUCCUGCUCCUGCCUGCUACACCACACGUUCUAGAACAAGAAAAUACCUCCUUCCCUCCCGUAGGGCUGAACACGCACACACUCCUGUCUCGCAUGUGAGCCACACAUCGGGUUAUAUCGGAGCCACGGCCAAACGUCCGACCACCACAGCACAGCACAGCACAGCACACAGCAGCUGCCUUCCAUCCAAAGACAAGGAUAAAGCUUGUCUUACUCUCUUAUCAAACCUUACUCCAGUCUAUUACUCCGACUCCUGCUGA